UAAUAUGUUAAUGCCAUGCACCUGUUCCCUCUACCUGUGCUUACCUGUGCAUCAGUGAUUGUUUGCUGUUGCGGUGGAUUGUGUCAAGUCAAAGACACAAUGAAGCUUCUAGUUGUUGCUGCUCUCUUUGGGUUGUGUUUUGCCCAAAACGACCCAAACACUAAACAUGGCAGGACCUCCAUAGUGCAUCUGUUUGAGUGGCGAUGGGCAGAUAUAGCCACAGAAUGUGAGAGAUACCUGGCACCUAAUGGUUACGCUGCAGUUCAGUUGUUUUUGAGCCGACAGAUAUCUCCCCCCAGUGAGAGCAUUGUGGUGACCAAUCCUUGGCAUGCUUGGUGGCAAAGAUAUCAACCAAUCAGCUACAACUUGUGUUCCAGAUCAGGAACAGAGGAGGAGCUAAGGGACAUGAUCACACGCUGUAACAAUGUUGGGGUGAAUAUAUAUGUGGAUGCAGUCAUUAAUCACAUGUGUGGAGCUGGUGGUGGUGAGGGCAAUCACUCCAGCUGUGGAACAUACUUCAAUGCUAAAAACAAGGAUUUCCCCUCAGUCCCCUACUCUUCGUGGGACUUCAAUGAUUACAAAUGUAAAACUGGCAAUGGAGAGGUUGAGAGCUACAAUGAUAUUUUCCAGAUCAGAGAUUGCCGCUUGGUGAGUCUCCUGGAUUUGGCGCUGGAGAAGGACUAUGUUAGAGAAAAAGUUGCAGAAUACCUGAACAAACUGAUUGAUUUGGGUGUGGCUGGAUUCAGAGUAGAUGCUUGCAAGCACAUGUGGCCUGGAGAUCUUAGUAAUGUUUUCGGUAGACUCAAAAGCCUGAACACAACUUGGUUUUCGCCUAAUACUAAGCCUUUCAUUUAUCAAGAGGUCAUUGACUUGGGUGGGGAAGCCAUUAAAGCCAGUGAAUAUUUUGAGCUCGGAAGAGUGACAGAGUUCAAGUACAGUGCGAAACUAGGGAAAGUCAUUCGUAAAUGGGACGGAGAGAAGCUAAGCUACCUGAAGAACUGGGGAGAGGGCUGGGGUUUCAUGCCCUCUGAUAAAGCCGUGGUGUUUUUGGACAAUCAUGAUAAUCAAAGAGGUCACGGUGCUGGUGGAGCUUCUGUUUUAACAUUCUGGGACUCCAGGCUCUACAAAAUCGGUACGGGAUUCAUGUUGGCUCAUCCAUAUGGUGUGACCAGAGUGAUGUCUAGUUUCCGAUGGGAUCGUCACAUUGUCAAUGGAAAAGAUGAGAAUGACUGGAUGGGUCCUCCCAGCAAUGCAGAUGGAUCCACUAAGCCAGUACCCAUCAAACAAGACACCACCUGUGGAGACAACUGGGUAUGUGAGCACAGAUGGCGCCAAAUCAGAAAUAUGGUGAUUUUCCGUAAUGUGGUCAGUGAUCAGCCUCUUGCUAACUGGUGGGACAAUGGUAAUAGUCAGAUCUCCUUUAGUCGUGGCAAUAAGGGAUUCAUUGUGAUCAACAAUAAUAACUGGGAGCUGAAUGAGACCCUGAACACCGGCCUGCCUGGAGGAACAUACUGUGAUGUCAUCUCUGGAGAUAAGAUUGACAACAGUUGCAAAGGGAAAAAGAUCUCAGUGGAUUCUGAUGGACGUGCCACUUUCCACAUCAGCCACACAGAAGAGGAUCCAUUUAUUGCCAUUCAUGCUGAAUCUAAACUAUAGAUACAGUAAGGAGAAAAAUGUAACCCCUUCAUUAAUUAUGACAUCAUUAGUCAGGGUUUGCUCCUAGAGCAUAAACAACAAGAUAUAAACGUUUUUAAACAUUUCUCACUUAACUUUUAUUUUGCCUUUAAGUGAUUGAUGGUUGAUGUCCAACUAUGCAUGCAAUUGCAAGAAAUGUAUUUUUUAAAUUGCUGUCUGUGUAUGAAAGGGUUAAUAAAGCAGCCUCACUCAA